AUGCCACUGAUCAAAGCGAGAAAGUCGCGCCCGGGGGCUGGGACCGGGGCUGGGGCCGGGGCGGGACGGCGGUUGACGAAGCAGCAGCCCGUGUUGCGGCGGGAGAUUCCUUGUCGUUUGGCGGUGUGUGCGCAUGACGUGUGUCGGCGGGCGCUGGCGGCGGGGGCGUCGUCGGCGGUGCUGCACCUGCGUGACGGUGAGGGGCCGCUCGUGGUGGACGCGGCGGCCGCCGUCGUGUACUGGGAGCUGUUUUAUCAGUACCAUCAGUCUUGGCCCGCGCUCGUGGUACCGCAGACCGCCUACCGGGCUGUGCAGCAGCAGGGCGGGCGCAACGACUGGCGCUCGCUGCAGGAUGCGGUGCGCGAUCCUCGAUAUAACAUCGUGACCUUUGCCAACGAGUUUCACUGCGACCUUGCCGAUGCUGCAGCUGAUGAUGCGCAGGCUGCAACACCGGACGAAGCACGCCGACGCAUCGUGGCCACGGCCCAAUGGUACGCUCAUCACGCCCAACGGCCCACAGCCGUGUUGACGACGGCAGAUGAACAGCUGGCGUACGGCGAUCUCCCCGCGGCCGCUGGCGUGGCCCUCCACACCGUCGAAGAGCUCGUUACCUCCAUCUUUGGAGAACAAGCGCCCGCUGCGAUCCUGGCCCAGACGCUGGCCACACGAGCCGAGACCCUUCGUGCGGGUGCAGCCGAUGGUCUCGCGGCCAACGCCCACGGCUACGUGCCCCACCUUCCCGAAGAUGAACUGCUGACUGGCGUCGCAAGCGGCAUGUUUCUACGCGGCCGCCUGCAUGUCCAAAAUUGCGGCCGGCUGGCCUAUGUCCGUGACCGCUUCACACAGGACGAUGAAGUGCUGCUGCACCAGGACAUUCGCAUCGACGGCUUGGCCGCUCGCAAUCGAGCCAUUCAUGGUGAUGUUGUCGUCAUUGAG